ACGCUCUGUUUUAGCUUAGCAGUGUGGCUAUCUGGUAACGUUACAAUGAGAUUUAUAACGUUAUCUGUUUGAUUUGCUCUUGCAAAUACGUAAAUGAUAAAUGGAUACAAAGCCUAGACUCACGAAAACGUACUUAAGUCGUCAUUCGUGCGCUAUAUACUUUGAUUUUGUUCUCAAGUAAUUGUUUUGCUCAACAAUGUUAAAGUGUGUGACAGGUCGCCACGUGCUUUAAAGAUCCCUCAGUACUGCCAGCGAUCUCGGAUGUACCACAUGUCUGGUCUGUGUGUGUGAAACAUGGAUUGUGACGCUGGAGAGGUCCCUUCCAAGUGUAGAAGAACCCUCAGACGCUGGAGGGGUUUCUUUUGUGGUCCACAAAACCUUUCAUUGAAAGAUGUGUUUACAUGGCAGCUCUUCAAGACAAUACUGAUGGGUCAAGCCCUGUCCAUGCUGAUAUGUGGGACGGCAGUAACGUGUCAAUAUUUGUCGGAAGCUGGGGUAGCGACACCAAUGUUGCAAAGCUUUCUCAAUUACGUCUUAUUGCUGCUCACCUACACUUUGGCUUUGGCAUUCAGGAAAGGGGAAAACAAUAUUUUUCAAAUUCUAAAAAAAAAGUGGUGCAAGUAUUUACUGAUGGCUCUAACUGAUGUGGAAGCAAACUACACCGUUGUAAAGGCAUACCAGUACACUACCCUUACAAGUAUACAGCUGCUGGACUGUUUUGUAAUCCCUGUUCUGAUGGUGCUCUCAUGGAUCUUCUUGAAGACCCGCUAUAAACCACUACAUUUCAUUGCUGUGGUUGUGUGCAUGCUUGGUGUUGGUGCAAUGGUAGGAGCAGAUCUGCUUGCAGGAAGAGAUCAAGGCUCCAGUAGUAAUGUUUUGCUGGGUGACGGAUUAGUGCUAGUGAGUGCUGCUCUGUAUGCUGUGUCUAAUCUCUGUCAGGAAUACACAGUAAAAAACCUGACCAGGGUCGAGUUCUUGGGCAUGAUGGGCUUCUUUGGUACCUUGAUCAGUGGUGUGCAGAUGGCUAUUCUUGAACCUAAAAAUAUAACCGCCAUCAUCUGGGACUGGAGAAUAUGUCUGCUCUUUGUGGCGUAUACCCUGUGCAUGUAUGGGCUGUACAGUUUUAUGCCUGUAGUUGUGAAGAUGACAAGCGCCACAGCGGUAAACCUCUCACUGCUGACUGCGGACCUCUUCAGCCUCUUCUGUGGCAUAUUUCUGUUUCACUUCAAUUUCUCAGGCAUGUACAUUGUGUCUUUUGUGGUGAUCACACUCGGUUUCAUCAUGUUCAACAUUGUACCGACCCACACAACAGAUCAGUCAUAUGGCAAUGAUGGGGCAUACCAUCUUGCUUCAUCAGCGGAUAUUCAACAAAAUGAAGAUGUUAUUAUAGAAGAUUUGCUGCAGAAGGAUAGAGUGGAGAAUCAGGGUGGGACAGGGUGCAAACCUUGCAAUGGACUAUGUGCCUCCAAAUAAUCCUCUACAAUGUAGAGUAAAGUGUUUUUUUUCUUUGUGGGAUAAACUAUGUCCUGUUUUGCCAAAGGCAGCGAUUGAUCUGUUUUAUGGAUCUUAAAUCCGAUCCCAUGUGCCUUUAACCUGUAUUUACUCCCACUUGCGUAUACAUACUAUGGGUUUACUGUAGAUGGGAAAGGCAGAAGUUUGUUUUUAAAAAACAUUAAGUGAAGAAGGGUUGACAUUUAUACACUGUAUUGGGGAUGUUUAUUACAUCCCUAAACCAAUCAAGGUGCUCAUAUCUCAGUUCCAGAAAUAAAAAAAGGAAAAAAUAGAUGCUGCUUCCUGCAGCAUGAUCACUAUUUUUUAUCUUCGGUGUGCUGAAUUAUAAAUAUAAAUAUGAACAAAAGAAUUACUUUUUUUUCAGAAUAAUCCUUUCAGAUGUUACAGAAACAAAUGUUCUUCUGGCACCUGUCAUGGGCAUUUUGUUUAAUUUGGUUUGUUACUGGCAUUAUAAUUAUUGGACAUGUUUUCAUCUGUAUAUUUAUAUUAUGUUGUUACGUUUUGAUAAUUAAAGUAGGCUAUUUGUUUUAACUAUGUAAAUAAACUGCAAUUCUAGUAUUUGUUGUUAGAUACAGUAUACAGAAACUACAGCGUUGAUUCAAAAAUUGUGUAAAGCAUAGACUUUUCUGUUUUCUUAUUACUGAUAUGAGUUUACUAAAAUGGUUGGAAUAGAGUCGCUUGCCUCCUCAGGGUGAGAGACAACUGCCCCAAAAAUAAGUAUCUCGAGUUUAGGAAAAAAUGAAACUAUUUUUAAUAUUUUGUCUUGUAAACAUUAAGUUGACGUCUUCUGAACACUAAACUGAUACAUUUGCAAUUAUUAAUACUUAAAUUACAUUUUUUUUAGUGCAUUUAGGUUUGGUAAACUAUAGUUU